CAUGAGCGAUGACUUCAUCAUUUUAUCUUCUUCUAUUUCUGAGGAGAUCGCAGCCUGUAAAGAAGAGCCAGGCGAUGGCGUCAAUCGGGUAUUCGGAGUAGACUUUCUUGGACCAAUGCCAUUCGGCAACCUGUGAAAACCUCGGCGGAAGCCAUGGCGUCAGUGGGUUUUCGGAGCAGACUUUCUUCGACCCGCCAUGCCAUCUGGACCCCUCAGUAACCCAUGAACCUCUCCUCCUUCGUGGGCCUCGUUCAUCACCCCGGAAACUGCGAAUUCUUCUUCCCAAGAAUCUUGAAAACGAAGAAGAAGAGUAGAGAACGAGAGAAGUGAAGGAAUCUUGACAAGCAGCAAAGAUGGUCGCCCGCAUCGCCACUCUCUUCGUCCUACUCUUUUGGCUACCCAUCAUCACGACGUCGUCGUCGUCGGCGGCGGGGUCGUCCCUGUCGGUCUGCAUCGUGGGGAGCGGAAUCGGCGGCUCCUCGGUGGCCCACUUCCUCCGGGAGUACGCCUCCCCGUCCGCCUCCAUCUCCAUCCGCGUCUUCGAGCGGCACGGCGUCGUCGGGGGCCGCAUGGCGAGGGUCAACGUCGGCGGCGACAGCUUCGAGGCUGGCGGGUCGAUUCUCCACCCCAAGAACUACUACGCCCUGAAUUACACCCGAUUGAUCGGCUUGAAGAUCAGGUGGCCGAAUGCCUCGUCGGCUAGCGACGGCCGCGACGAUGAUGGCGAUUUCGGGAUUUGGGAUGGGAAGGGCUUCGUCUUCAAGACGUGGAGGGUCAGCACCAAGCUCCCGUUCGUUGACAAGAUCGUGUCGUUCGCCAACACGGCGCUCUUGUUCUGGCGUUAUGGGUUUUCUCUCAUUCGCAUGGACAACCUCGUUCAGAGGACUGUGAAUAACUUCUUGAAGUACUAUGAAAGCACUGAAUCGAGACCCGUUUUUGAGACAGUGGACGAGAUGCUCAAAUGGGCAGGGCUCUACAAUCUCACCGAACAUACUUUAGAGGAGGAGUUAAUCAGUACUGGGUUGUCUCCCUUGCUGAUAAGGGAACUCGUCACAGUCAUCACAAGGAUUAAUUACGGUCAGAGUGUAAGCAUCAGCGGACUUGCUGGGGCUGUUUCCUUGGCAGGAUCAGGGGGUGGCUUGUGGUCCGUCCAUGGAGGAAACUGGCAGAUGGCUGCUGGUUUACUCAAUCAUUCAAAUGUCGAUCUGCACCUUCAUGAGAAGAUACAGUCUAUUUCUAAUCUUGGAAACUAUUAUGAGCUCAACUCCUCCAAAGGUAACAGUUAUAAGUGCGAGGUUGCAGUUGUCGCCACACCUUUGGAUGAGGUGGACAUACGCUUUGACCCUCCCAUUUCGAUUCCUCCAAGGAAGCUGCAGCAUACGCAUGCAACUUUCGUGAGGGGUCUUUUAAAUCCUGCAUACUUUGGGCUCGGCUCUGUGGAAGAAAUUCCAGACCUGGUUGGUACAAUCGAGGAUCCUGGCCUUCCAUUCUCAAGCAUUUCAGUUCUCAAGCGCCACAAUGAAAAGGAAGUGACUUACAAGGUCUUCUCCCGUGUAGCCAUGGAAGACACAUUGCUGGAUCAGAUAUUCAGUGUCCGGAAGGAGACAAUCCGCAUCGACUGGGGCGCUUACCCCCAUUACGAGGCUCCUGAAGUUUUUGCACCAUUCAUUUUGGAUGGGCAGCAUCUGUACUACGUCAAUGCCUUUGAGAACGCUGCGAGCACGAUGGAGACGAGUGCGGUUGCAGCUGAGAACGUCGCACGCCUGAUCCUGUCAAGACAUUUCGGCCACGUACCCUUGAAGCUUUCGGGCUCAGAGAGCUCUGCGGUCGAUGAGGGGGGUUUGCAUUUGGAUCUUUGAUGAGGGGUCACAUACACUUUGAUGAUUUGUGUAAAUUCUGCAUGAUGUGAAAUGUGAAAUGUGAAAUGUGAUGGAUAGCUUGGAAAUAUGGUUUUCAUUUUACGAGACACCUUCAAAAAAUGUUUAACGGAUAAUAUGAUUUCGUAAUUCGAUAAGAA